AUGUGCGUCAAACCGAAGUGGCAAUCGGCUAUUUUGAAGACUUGUAUUACCAAGAAAACCUCCAUACAAAUAGAUGCGCGGUAUCUGAUGUCUCUUACGAAGACGUCACCGACUGCGGCAAAUUUUUGGACGGUGUCGGUUACUGCAGAGAACGGAAAUUUCUCUCACGAAGGAACAAAAAGGACACGCAAUGUUUUGAACGCCGCCGGCAAUGUUCAUGGCGUAUUUCUCGACUAUGGCUGUGCGACCAACAGGGACAUAUUUACACAGAUGUCUGACAAAUUUUUGCUUAACGCCAGCUUCAACUGGUUGAUUUGGAGCACAGACGGGCUGUCAGGCAUGGAAAACGUUAAUCUGAAUAUUGACAGCGACGUGACCUGGGCGACUCCGGAUACUCCACGUGGAUUGGUAUUGCUGUACGAUGUAUAUAAAGUAAACUAUACCUGGCCGGUGAUUUCAACACUUGCUGGUCAAUGGAACAGAGACAAUGGUCUGGUCUACACACUCACUCAGUUCAAAUACUUACGAAGAGGGGAUCUGCAGGGCCUCCUCUUCAAUGCAGCUGUUGCGGUAAGACGGUGCAGCACUGAAAGCAACAAGAAAGAGACACAAAGUUUAUCAAUUGCAGUGACAUGUACAGACAUGAAAACAUCAGUGGGGUUGUAUGAUUUGAGGUUUUCACAGCGGUGUAGUAAGGUGAGUGACUCACCUGGAGACGACAUAGAACGCUGGCUUAGCAGUCCGGUAGACAGACACCACAUGGACUCCAUUGCAAAGUACAACUAUGCGCUGCACCGCCAACUCGGAGACCGAUUUAAUUUCACAAUGCAACUGCACGCCACUUAUUCACAAGGUUACCCUGAUUCCAAUGGCCAAUUUGACGGGAUGUUGGGCAUGCUUCAGAGAGGAGAGGUGCAACUUGGCAUUACGUCACUGACUAUGUUGCCUCAACGUUUCGAAAUUGUCGAUUUCACUGGGCCGACAUGGAAAUUCAGGACAUCCGUUUUGUUUCGACAUCCACGGACCACGGGCACAAGCUACUCUCUGCUGAAACCAUUCACGAAGACUGUAUGGCUGUAUACUCUUCUCUCGUGGGCCCUCAUGAUGGUCACAAUCCAUCUCGUCAAAUGGUUGGAGUACCUUCGCCAGCGCGAUGACCACCAGCCUUCCAGGUCGGACUGUGAUCACUCCUGGGGUGCAACUAUUCUCACCAUCUUCGGCGCUAUAUCUGAACAGGGUACCGAGAUGGAGUCGAAGUGGAUGACGUGGCGGAUUGUGUACCUGGUGACCCUCGUGCAGGUGGUGCUGCUUAACGCGUAUUAUGGUGCUUGUAUGGUGUCGGACCUUCUACAACCUCCACCUAGAACCAUUCACACCGUGCGCGACCUCAUCAACAGCAGACUUCACGUCGGUUAUGUGGACAACCGCCACAACCGCGAGUACUUCCAGGACAUUACAGAUCCAACGCUGAAAGAACUGUACAGCAAGAAAAUGAAACCACCGCAUGCUUUCCCGGUUAGCACUGCCAUAGAGAAACUGCAUAAGGAACCAUUUGCUGUUCACGAUGAGGCCAUCAGUCUGUACCCAACCAUCGAACAGACUUUCAACAACGAAGACAAAUGCGCCAUCACAGAAAUCGUGCUCUUCUCUCCAAGAAUGACGUACCCAGUAAUUCACAAGAGAUCGCCGUAUCGCAGGCUUCUGUCAUAUGGGUUUCAUAAGUUGUGGGAAACGGGGACUAUGGCUCGCGAGCUGCUGAUGUGGCGCCCAGAACCGCCGAAAUGCCAGCAUCUGGACAACUUCUACAGCGUUGAUAUGGAGGGCGUCGCUGUCGCGUUUCUCAUCUUCGUAUUCGGUGUCAUCACUGGAUCCGUCAUUCUGUUCUUGGAGCGUCUUCAGGAUUUCAAUAAACGAAAAGGUUCAGCAUUUCCAGAAGAAGAUCCAUAUGCCAAAUGGAAACCGAGCGCUGAUACAGCAGAUUAUUACAAGUUUGGAAUAUUUAUGGACUUCGAUUGUGACUCCAGUAAAGAAAUCUUUAAUGAGAGUUGUGAACAGCUUUACCUGAACAGCAGACACCACUGGCUUCUUUGGAGUAAUGACCAUUAUACGAACAUCAAGUAUGCCAAACUCAACGUCGACAGUGAGGUGACUUGGGCAACUCCGGACUCCUCGCAACAUGGAGUGAAUCUUUAUGACCUUUACAAGAUCAAUUUCACAUGGCCCAUCUUAGGAACUCCCGCAGGACACUGGGACGAGAUUGGUGGGCUCGUCUACAAUAUAACAAACUCCAAAUAUCUGCGGAGAGGCAACCUGCAUUGUCUGAACUUCGACACAGCUAUAGCGGUGUACAACUACAGCAUGGCAGUGGAUGACGUACACGAACACCUUAUAACGCACGAGGAGAGCAACUUCACAACGAUAAUGACGAAGGCCAGCUACGCGCAGCUCUGCAUGCUGGGUGAGAAGUUCAACUUCACGUUAAUAACCUCUAUUUUCAUGCAACAUGGAAGGCAUUUAAAAAAUGUCCAUUCUGUAUGUGUCAGUAUGACUUUGCUGUUGACCGAUACGUCGAACUUUGCCCCUUUCGAGAACGGUUCGUUUCAAGGCCAGAUUGGAAUGAUGCAGCGAAACGAUGCAAAACUAUCUCCAUCCCCACUCCUGUUCUACAGAACUCGGGAAGCGGCUGCAGAUUUCGUGGCACCAACAUGGAGUUUCGACACAGCGGCCAUGUUCCGGCACCCCAAGGUUUCGGCUGUCCGGAACGCCUUGCUGCAGCCGUUCACUGCCACAGUGUGGUUGUGUUUUCUGGGCACGUGGCUGUUGGUCCUGGUCACCCUCAAGGUGUCCGCCUGGCUAGAGUCAACUUACGAUUCCGACGAGUCCACCACAGUAGAGAGCUCUUGGAGUGCAACCAUGUUGGCCACCGUGGGAGCCGUCAGUGAGCAAGGUUCGGAGAUGGAGUCCAAGUGGGUGACAUUCCGUAUCGUCCUGCUGUUCGCGAUGGUGCAGGUGGUCCUACUCAACAACUACUAUGGCGGAGGCAUCGUGUCCUCCCUCCUAACCGAGCCAGCAAAAACGAUCCGCACCAUUCAAAAUCUGAUCGACUGCAACCUUGAAGUUGGCUACGAGAAUGUCAGUCACAACAGGGGAUUAUUUGAGCAAACUACUGACCCUCUGGUGCAGCAGCUGUACAGAAAGAAGGUCUUCCCUCCUACACAAUCAUAUCCGAAUACAUAUCGAGUGGACAUCGGCGUUAAGAAGAUGAAGAAUGAACCGUUUGUUUUCCAAGUCGAGCAGAUUGAAGCCUACCCUCACAUCGACAGUACCUUCACAGACUCCGAGAAGUGCGCCCUGACCGAAAUUCCACUCUUCACAUCGAUGGUUGGACCUACGUUUGCCCUUGUGCAGAAGGGAUCACCAUAUAAGAAACUAUUGGCUUUGGGCUUCCAACAGGUGCGGGAGAGGGGCCUCAUGAAGUACAAAUGGCAAGAAUGGCGGCCAGCUAAGCCCAGGUGCGUUCUGACGAGGGACGUUGUCAGUGUCGAGAUAGAGACCAUCUCCUUCGCGUUCUUUCUACUUGUCUUCGGACUCUUUGCGUCAGUUUCGAUUCUCGUCAUCGAGCGACUUCACUAUGACAGGUGUUCCAUAAGAAGACAAACCGGGAGGUCCAUUCCCACGCAAGGUCCACGAAGAAUUCUUGGAACAUAGAACCUAAUGAAGGCCCGAGCCGAAGAAAGUGGUAAAAUCUCUAGACAUAUCGCACCAAGGAAGAACACAGCUCCACAGCAUUUCCUGAUAUAAAUAUCCCACAGCCUAUUUAUAAUUCAGAAAAGCUCCGGUCCAAUGGGACAACUACAAGGAGUACAUGCUGACAGCAGCUCAUCUGUUUAAAAAAACCCAAAACCUUUUAUAAGGCCCACAUGGUAAUUACCAUGCUCCCAAGGGCCACUCACGGGGCCCCAAAUUAAAACACACUCAUAUCAUAUUUUUCUUAGAUCCAUCUCUCACCUGCCGUAUUCUUUCAUUUCUGAUCCACUUGCAGCUGCCUCCAUCAUCAGGGCGUCAUCGCGGGGAAGCUUCAAAUAACAUGGGGCAUAUCCUUCAAAUAUUUUAAAAUGUGUAAGGGAGAAUGGACGCUGAGACAAGGUAUCAAAAACUUACUUUACCUUGGAAAUAAGUGUAUUUGUAAAACAAGUGUAAUAGUGAUAAUCAUUUACUGAUAAAUCCUGUGAACGGCACCGAACAUUUUAGAAAGAAAAAAAUAGUCACAUAUACAGAAAUAACUGUGGAGUAACAAACUAUAAAACUUUGAGAUUACACCUGAAAUAUCUAUCGUAGUCGGAAUCUGUACUAUUGGGGAAAAAAAGCAAAGAAACUGAUCAC